ACGCCGCUCCACUAAGCGCUUACGGGAGUCUUAAAGGGGCCGUCGGCCCUGCAACGAUGCGCUUGCAAGGAGCGAUUCGGUGCACCGCGUUAUGGAAGGCGCUUCCAAAAACCCGGGGAAGGAGAACGAUGGAGCCAAGGAUCCAGAGAGUGAAGAUUUUGAGAAAGGAUAUUCAGCCCCAGCAACUGAUAAUUCUAUUGGGGCACCUGAAUGUAGUAUGACCAUUCCAGAUUUUGGCAGCAGCACAGAAACAGAAUUGGAAGAGAUCAUAGAAAGACCAGAAGCAGAAACAGGUUCUGAAGGUCAUUCAGGAAGGAUGAAAAGUAGAACUUCUCUGUCUCCAGAGAGGUCUUCUCAUGAGGAGAGUCAAGUGGCGAAGGCUGAUGGCAUUCCAGAGCCAGGACCAGCAAUUAUCCCCUUGGAAAAAAUGCCAGAGCCACCCUCUGAAGAAGAGCCACCCUCUGAAGACACCAUGACACCCUUGCCAAGCACAGCAGGAAGAAAGGGCCAUCCUACAAUACUGGGAGGAGUAAGGAGAGAAGGUUCCUCUAUAUACAAAUCAGGCAGGGAGACCCUGGACUCCAUGGCUGCAAAUAUGCUCCAGAAACCUUUCAAAAUAUCUGUCUCUAUGCAGACAGAUGCAAGCUGGCUUUAUGAUCACUCAUCCAAGAAAAAGCCUAAGAUGAAACUGAAGAAAGAUGGCCGCCUUCUUGAGAAUGAUAUCUACGCUGUCCUGUCCCAAGAUCUCAGCAGUUUAGACAUUUUAUGCGACACAGAGUUUAAAGAAGAAUUCAUAAAGCUGUUUCAGGAAUCACUGAAAACACUAUCCAGUGUGGGGCCUCCAACUAUCCUAGCAUAUAGACGGGAAUUAUCACGAGGAGACAUUGAGAUAGGGUUGGAGGAAGAAUGCCCUGCCCACUGUGAGUUCUGUGGCAGCUUGUUGAGAGACUUUCCUUCAUUUGAAAGUCUACAAAAAAUAGAAGAAUAUGGACCUCUCUUCUGUUGCCCGCGGUUCAGAAGCCUACUAGAGUUCCUUGUGACUGAAAAAGAGCGCAUUGCAAAGAUGGGAGGGGAGCUGAUUAAUAUAGCCCCUCAUAAGGCCCACGGAACUGAAGCAGAGAGGAAAUUGGCACGGGAAAGGGCCCGUCAAAGAAUGCGAGAGAGACAAAUGGCAAAACAGUUGUCCUUCUUGUUGGCGCAUCAAGAAAAAGAUAUCUCUCCAGUACAUUCCACUCCUGAGUAUAAUAGACAACUCAAAACGAUUUCCUACAUUCUGUCCCAAGAGCCUCCUUCUUCAGCAAGCUGGACUACAGUUCCUCUAGUGCCAGUUGAACAAAGGGGGACUGAAGAGAUUACCUACAGCGUCUCUUGCUGUGAUUUCACCAUUGCGGGUGGAAAGUUAUUGAAAAACCAGUUCUUACAGCAAUACUACAAAAAUGGUGUAAAGUUUCUUACCAUGUUUCCAGAUGGGACGGCGCAGAUAUUCUAUCCCUCUGGGAAUCUGGCAGUUAUUGUUGUACAAAAGAAGGAGGAUAGUGGUUAUAUUUGUAUAGUGCAAGAAGACAGAUCUGAGAAUGCAGACAUCCAAGCUGUGUUUGAGUCCUCUGGACAAGGGUCUUGUUAUCAUCCAAAUGGAAUUGUAUGGAUAAAUAUUACAAUUCGAGGAGGACAUUACGCAGACCAAGAUGGCAACAAAGUGAGAACAUGGAUCUGGCCAAACCACUUGCAGAAGUACACUCCUACCGUAUCAUUUAAACCCGUAUUUGUAUCCUUGAACCAGAAUGUUGGUGUCAGGAUUCUUGGGCAAGACAAAGUUGCCAUUUCUUUCCUUGCAAUGGGGAAACAAGCAAAAAUCAAUGUAGGAACCAAAGUGGAGCCAUCCACUGAUCAUCAUCCAUGGCCAAAGCACGUGUCUGAAGAUGACCUUGUGCUGUUUGCAAGCAGGAUAAAGAUUCUGAAAGUGUUCGCUAAAUUGCAUGGAUGUUUAGAAUUCUCUUCCUGUGAACAGUGGACUAAAAUUCAGCUCCCUUCAUACAUUUCGAAACAGGCUUUGAAGUUGAUGAACCUUUGUAGAGAGUCUGCUGUAAGUGCUGCUCUGGACAAAUUAAUCAUGUCGAUAAUAAACGUAACAGCCUAAUUAGCAUCACAAGUGUUGUAUAAAGAUACUUAUUUCAUUCCACUAAGAAGGUCUACAAGUGUGGUGAAUUCUAUACCAUUGCCUUACUGCUGCGAUUAAAUGGCUAAGGGUGAACAAGUGGACACUGAAUCCUGACAAGACAGAGGUAGAGUUGGUUGGGAAGGUUGAAGUCUUGAAGGGCAUUGUCCUUCCCACAUGUGAUGGGAACCAGCUGACACUGUCCCAGCAUUAUUACAGGAGAAGCAAGUUAACACAACUCGAAAAAAAAAAUCUUCCAUCUUUAGCCUGGAAGAUGGUUCCCUACCUUGACUCAGCUGAUCUGACUGCAUGGAUCCAUCCUAUGGUUACUUCAAGGCUAGACUAUUGUAAUGCACUGUACAUGGAUCUGUCCUUAAAGACAACUUGGAAACUCCAGUUGGCACCGAAAGUUGCAGACCAGUUAAUAUUGAGUAUUAGGCAGAACAUGCAAGUCGCACCCAUUCUGCAGCUACUCUAUUGGUUACUGAUCAGUUACUGGGUUCAGUUCAAGGUUCUGGUUAUCACCUACAAAGCUUUUAAUGUUCUUGGAUCCACACAGCUGCGGAACCACCUCUCCUAUUACGCUGUACCAUGACCACUUUGCUCAUCUGAACACAGCCUUCCGAAAGUACCACUCUGCAAAUGAGUAAGAUCACACACAUUCUCUGUGAGUUGGUUAGUCUUAAAGGUGCUACUGAACUCUUUUCUGUUUUAGUACUACAGACUAACGCAGCUCACUCCUCUGGAUCUAUUCUCUCUUCUGGCUCCCACCAUGUAGAACAGCCUGUCUGAGGAGGUCAGAAAGCUCCCUCACCACUUCUGUGAUUUUCUAGAAUAAGCAAAACAGCAGUUUUCAGGAGGGCAUUUUUAAAAAAAUUUUUUAAAGGAUUAGAACUGAAGCAUAAUGGAACAGCUCAGGAAACCGCUUUUAUAAGGGAAGAGGAUUGUAGUCUAUUGCAAUACUUAUUGGAUGUAUCCCCUUGCUUUUACUGUAUUGUCUUCUGCCUUUGUUAUCCACUUUCUUCUUUUUGGUACGUUAUACCUUAUACAAGUCGUUUUGUUUGUAUCAUUUUCCAGUUCUGCAAACCUAGUCCUGCUGCAUUGUUUAUUGGAAGUCCUUACUGUCUGAUUGAAUUUUUUUUUUGUACUUUGUAAUCUGAGUCUCAGUGACUGCAGAAUGGGAGCAAUAUGCCUUCUCCACCUAGUUUCCGAUAAUAACCAAGUGGUGGUACUCUGCACCAACUGAUACCUCUUUUUAGCUUCUUCAGCUGUUAUCUGGUCUCAGUAAUACAAAGGAUCUGCGCUCA